UUCCAUAUAUAAAUAACUCUCUGCUUCAACCUCUUCAUCAUAUCAUCUCUAAUUCACACACUCCACAUAAUUCUCUUUCACCUUCCUCCAAAAACAGAAGAAGAAAAUAUAUAAACAGUACUAAUAAAUCACCUUACUUUCUUCUUCAGUUUCUCCCAUUUAUUUUUCCUCCACUAAUUAAUUAAUCAUUUUCUGAUGAAAGACUUAUAUUUUAGUAAUAGUUAUGUCCAAUAUACCAAUUUCUCUUUCUGAAAUUUGCCUUACCCUUUUCAGAUUAGCUAUGUCCAUAGCUAAUCCCUGGCCUUUUUCUUAAAAAAAAAUUCUUUUUUUUUUUGUGAAAAAUUAUUCUUGUCUAGUUCUUUCAGCUUUUCCUAGUACAGAAACCAAACAUGCGGAGAUUCCGAGGUUUCGUGCUCAAACACCGUGUCACUACACUCUUCCGAUGCAUGUUCCGGCGACGGCGUUCGCCGGCGAGGUACCACCGGCUGAACCCACUUCCGAACUCGUGUACAGAUUCGAUUUCCAGGCUCUUCAGCUGGACCCACCGUCUGAAAACGAGAGCAAAAGCUAUUUGCAGUAAGGCUCAGUAUUCCGGGUCGGGUCGGGGCUACAUGCAUGUCGGGUCAGACCCGGUACCGGUACCAAAAGGGCAUUUGGCAGUUUACGUGGGUCAAAAAGAUGGUGAUUAUAAAAGAGUUUUGGUACCUGUAAUUUAUAUUAAUCAUCCUUUGUUUAGUGAGUUGUUAAGAGAAGCUGAAGAAGAAUAUGGGUUUAAUCAUCCGGGUGGUAUAACAAUUCCUUGUCGGAUCUCGGAGUUUGAGCGUGUUCAGACCCGGAUCCAACAGGGUCGGGUCGGGUGACCCGGAAAGUGGUGAUGAUGCAUGCAGUACCAUUUGGAUUAUUCAUGAUGAUGACCAUAAUUAUUAUUAUUAGUUGUUAUAAGUGAUUUUUGUAGUUUAUGUUUGAAGUACUUUUUUUUGUUUGUUUUUGUGUUAGGAGGUUUCAUUUGUGAUGUAAGAUUAGUUUAUUGAUGUACAGUUAUAUAGAGGAAACUUCCCAUGUCUUUCCUGUAUCUAAUGUCUAUGGCUUUUCUUGACCA